AUGGAGACGUUCAACCGCUUCAGUCAAGCUCAUAACUCACAGAAGAAUGCCUACGUAGCAUGUGCUUCGACAGGAAAGGCAGCCGUUGCCAUUGGAGGAACUGCCGUGCAUUCUGCAUUUCGCAUCACAAUGUCACGCCGUAGUAAUUCAAAGCUAAGCUUCAAAACACUCCAACUUUAUCCCAACGCUUUCACCAAUGUUAAAGCUAUUAUCAUAGAUGAGGUGAGCAUGAUUGGCGCAGAUGUACUCAACACCAUACACGCACGCCUUCAAGAUAUAACCGGAAACUACGAUGAUCCAUUCGGUGGAAUUAAUAUAAUAUUCAGCGAAGACUUACGGCAACUACCGCCAGUCAAUGCAAGAUCCGUCUACAAGGCAUGUGGAAACUCAUUCCACGGGGCUGUCCUGUGGCAAUCGCUCGACUUUUUCCCGCUGGUAACAGUUAUGCGUCAAACCGAUAUCAAAUUUUCCGAUAUAUUGACCAAGAUCGGCAACGGUUUGCGAUUAACCGCAGAAGAAACCGAAUUGAUCGAGGGUCGUUUUCGCACAGCCGAAUGGUGCAAACAAAACGCACCAAGGGCAAUUAGACUUUAUCAUCGGAACGUGGAUGUAGAGCAAUACAACAACGAAGCAUUAAACGCACAUGAUGCACAAGACUGCAUUGCCGACGAUGUGUUUGCGGGAUACAAAAAUGCUGAUCAGCUCGCUAGUUCUCGUAUUAAGCUUUACAAGCUGAGCGUCGUGGAAACAGGAGGCAUGCCGUAUUUGCUACGCCUUUCAGUUGGUAUGCCUUAUAUGAUAACUACCAAUGUCGACGUUGAAGAUGGCGUAGUAAAUGGCGCUAUCGGUGAGCUGAAAUGCGUUGAACAUGUUGAGGAUGACUCCGGACGACAUAUUGCCAAGCUGUGGAUGAAGUUCGAGAGCGAAGCUGUUGGAGCUGCAUCGAGGAUCAAGUCAAGACCAGCCGUUUAUUCUAGACCCGGUAUCCUGCAAUCUGAUUGGACUCCUAUUUCGAAGCGAUCUGCGAAUAUCAAACUGAGCGGCACCAUCAAAUGCAAGCGUAUCCAGUUUCCAGUCGUGAGUGCAUGUGCUCUGACUGUACACAAGUCACAGGGCGGCACAUUCUCUGAGAUUGUAUAUGACUACGACAAGGGCCAGGACCAGCAGCUGGUAUACGUUGGUUUGUCGCGUGUUUCAUCGCUUCAGGGUCUUUACCUGACUAAUCCCACCAAUGCCUUCAAGUUUCAUCACGCUAAGGGUUCUAAUUCACCGAAAAUGCAAGACCUGCGAAAUGAGCUGCAACAAUUAGGCAAUCAUCGUUUGCGUACACUUGGUGAUGAAUUAUGCGAGGUUAUAACGAAUAGUGAUCCUGCUAGUACGUUGAUAAGUCUCAAUGUACAAAGUUUGAAGGCCCACGCAAUGGAUAUCGCUAUAGAUAGGAUUUUAGCUAGCGUAGACUUCCUCGCCUUUAGUGAAACCUGGCUAGACGAUUCUUUUUCAGUCGAGGUAGAAGGCUACAGUUGCGUCAUCCAAUCGAAGCGUACCGAUACGAGAGCUGGUGGAGUAGCCAUAUACAAGAAGAACAAGACAUCCAUAAUGGCUAUUCCUUAUACCAUCCAACAACAAGCACACGCCGAGGACGCUUGCGGUGACAUUUGUGCAGCAAUGGUGACGGAACGCUAG